AUGGGGAUGAGACUUGAAGAGGGUGUCCGUGAAGGUCGUUUGGCUAAGGAUGAAGGCUCUUCUAGUAAGAGGUAUGGCUCAUUUGCUAAGAAGAAAGAUGGGGAAGCACAUGCUGUGCAGUCCCAUAGAUUGAGGAAACCUCCCGUUCAGAGGAAACCAGCACGCCGUGCAGGUCAUCAGCAUCAGGUACGAAGAGAGCUACAAGAAUUGUUAGACGAAGGUACCAUUGAGAUUUUGCAAAAUCGCAAUGUCGACGAAGAUGAACCUGAGGUUAAUGUUAUAUCUCCAGUGUACAACCCAGUUGCUGUGCAAGAUGGGGUGGAAGUGCCUUUGCCUUCAACUGCUGUGACCAAUAUUGCCGAUGUAAGCGGCCUGACCCGGAGUGGUCGAGUUUUCUCUGCGCCUGCUAAGGCCCCUGUUGCUUCUGAAUCUUCUGAGCGUCCAGUUGGGACUGCUGUCAAUAGUCAGAAUCCGUGCCAGAAAGCUUUCGACAGUAUCAAAGAUUAUUUGUCCGAACCUCCGAUCUUGUCUCCGCCUGUAGAAGGAAGACCUCUGAUUAUGUAUCUGACAGUUCUUGAAGACUCAAUGGGUUGUGUACUCGGUCAACAAGAUGAGUCAGGGAAGAAAGAAUUUGCUAUCUACUACCUCAGUAAGAAGUUUACUGAUUGUGAGUCUCGGUACUCUAUGCUUGAGAAGACGUGCUGUGCUUUGGCUUGGGCUGCUAAGCGUUUGCGCCAGUACAUGAUAAAUCAUACAACUUGGUUGAUAUCCAGAAUGGAUCCAAUCAAGUAUAUUUUCGAGAAGCCUGCUUUAACUGGGAGGAUUGCCCGUUGGCAGAUGUUGUUGUCUGAGUAUGAUAUCGAGUACCGAGCUCAGAAAGCUAUCAAAGGUAGUAUCUUGGCUGAUCAUUUAGCGCACCAGCCGAUUGAAGAUCAUCAGUCAGUUCAGUAUGACUUCCCUGAUGAGGAGAUUCUGUAUUUGAAAAUGAAAGAUUGUGAUGAGCCUACACUUGAUGAAGGUCCAGAACCUGGUUCCAGAUGGACGAUGGUGUUUGAUGGCGCUGUUAAUCAGUACGGAAAUGGAAUUGGGGCGGUAAUUGUUAAUCCCCAGGGAUCGCACAUUCCAUUUACAGCAAGGCUAACUUUCAAAUGCACGAAUAAUAUGGCGGAGUACGAAGCCUGUAUAAUGGGACUUGAAGAAUGCAUUGACUUGAGGAUCAAACAUCUUGACGUGUAUGGUGAUUCGGCCCUAGUUGUUAAUCAGAUCAAGGGUGAAUGGGAGACGAAUCAGCCAAGUCUCAUUCCGUACAGAGAUUAUGCAAGGAGAAUUUCAACCUUCUUCACAGAAGUUGAAUUUCACCAUAUUCCUCGAGAGGAUAAUCGGAUGGCAGAUGCGCUUGCGACGCUCGCUUCCAUGAUUGUGGUCAGAUGGUGGAAUGAUGUCCCUAAUAUUACUGUGAUGCGCCUGGAUAGACCGGCUCACAUAUUUGCAAUUGAAGAAGUAAAUGAUGACAAGCCUUGGUAUUUUGAUAUCAAGAAUUUCCUCCAGAACCAGGUAUACCCGCCUGGGGCAUCUGUGAAAGAUAGGAAAACUUUGAGAAGGUUGUCAGGCAGUUUCUACCUCAGUGGCGAAGUGCUGUAUAAAAGAAAUUUCGAUAUGGUUUUGCUCAGAUGCGUGGAUAGACACGUAAAAUUCAAGAAUCACUCACAAACUGCAUCUGAAGAAUCAACCUGCAACUUCUAUAACAGUCCAAGGACAGUGAUCGAUCGUAAGUGCUGGAGCUGCAAGAACUUCGCCAAUAGCCUCCUGAAGCGAUUGGCCAUAUCUGUUCGCGCGAGAUCGAAGCUCAACCGCGGUUCCAUCGCAACUGUUUCAAGAAAAGGUUGGAAAUCGAAAUUUGCAGUUGCUUCAAUUGAGUUAUGGCUGUUGUAG